AUGAAGCUGAACCCCAAGAAAUGUGUGUUCGGAGUGAAAUCGGGGAAAUUCUUGGGUUUCCUUGUCAGCGAGAGAGGCAUAGACGCAAACCCAGAUAAGGUAGAAGCAAUACUCAGCCUGCCUCAGCCAAAAAGCAUCAAAGAUGUACAAAGGCUGACAGGAAGAAUGGCAGCUCUGACAAGAUUUGUUAGGAAAUCAGCCGACAGGUCGAUCCCAUUUUUUAACACUCUUAAGCAGAACGGAAAAUUCCGGUGGGGAGAAACCGAGGAAAGGGCCUUUGAGAAGGUAAAAGACCAUCUUCGUGCUUUACCGACGAUAGCCAGGUCGGAAGAGGGCGACAAGCUACAGUUGUAUGUGUGCGCUUCAGCCCAAACCGUUGCUGCCGUACUAAUCAGUGAAAAAGACAAAGUCCAGCAGCCGAUAUACUUUGUCAGCCACAUUUUGAAUCCGGCAGAAGCAAGAUACUCGCUGAUAGAGAAAGUGGCCUAUGCAGUCCUGAUAGCCGCCAGAAAGCCCAGACCAUAUUUUGAUGCACAUACCAUACAAAUUCUGACGAACUUCCCACUGGAGAAGGCUUUGCAAAAAAUGGAUACAGCCGGCAGACUGUUGCGAUGGGCAAUAGAGCUGUCGGAGUACGAUCUUGAGUUUCACCCGCGCAAUGCAAUAAAAGCACAAGCCUUGGCCGACUUCGUAGUUGAAGCAUCCUAUCAAGAGGAUGAAACCAAAGCAGAAUCCUGGGAAGUAUCAGUAGACGGGUCAGCCGCUCAGUCGGGAGCGGGAGCCGGCGUUGUCAUGACCUCUCCGACAGGAGAUAAGUUCGAAUACGCAAUUAGAUUCACUUUCGCAGCUUCGAACAACGAAGCAGAAUAUGAAGCAGCCAUUGCAGGGGUACAGCUAUGUUUGUUGGCAGAUGCCAAGAGGAUAGUAAUGACAACAGAUUCUCAGUUGGUGGCAAAUCAGUUUUCGGGAGAGUAUGAAACAAAAGAGCCGUCAAUGCGGCGGUAUCAAGAAAAACUGAAGACGCUGACAGCGAAAUUAGAAGCUUUUGACAUCAAAUUGGUCCCCAGAGCGUUGAACACUGCCGCAGACAGCCUAGCAAAACUGGCCAGUUCGAAAGCAAUCGAGCUCAGUCGAUCAGUAAUGAUAGAAAUCAUGCACAGAAGGAGUACGGAGGAAAAAGGAAAAGAAAUAAUGGUCAUUACGGCAAACAAAGAGUGGUACGACGAUAUCUGGGCGUACAAGACGACUGGAGUGCUCCCGGCCGAUAUCAGGGAGGCAAAGAAAAUCAAAAAAGACAUCUGCUGGUACGUCAUAUAUCAGGGACAACUCUAUAAAAGAGCAUUCAGCCUCCCCCUGCUGCGGUGUUUGACGGCAUACGAAUCCGCAAGGUUAAUCGAAGAAGUGCAUGAAGGAAUAUGCGGAAACCAUGUAGGAGGAAAAACACUCGCUUUGAUCUGCCAAAGACAGGGUUACUACUGGCCAACCAUGCUGGAAGACGCACAGAGCUACGUCAAGAAAUGUGAAAAAUGCCAGCUGUUUGCCCCAGUAAUACGUAUGCCAGCAAACGACUUGAUGCCCAUUCUGAAUCCAAUUCCAUUCGCCCAGUGGGGAAUGGAUAUCGUAGGACCCUUCACAACAGCCUCAGGAGGCAGGAAGUUCUUGAUUGUUGCCGUCGAUUACUUCAUAAAAUGGAUUGAGGCCGACCGGUUUGGAAUACCGACAGCAAUAGUAUUCGACCAUGGAUGCCAGUUCGACUGCGAACCUAUACGAGCAUUCUUGGCAGACUACCGGAUUAAGUUCGCAUACGCCUCAGUCUGCCACCCGCAGAGCAACGGGCAAGCCGAGGCCGCAAACAAACAAAUACUCGUAGCCCUUAAGAAAAAGCUGGAUGAGUUCAAGGGCAAGUGGGCAGACACAGUCCCAGAGGUUCUAUGGGGUAACAGAACGACGGUUAAAGAAGCAACGGGAGAGAGCCCUUUCAAACUAUGCUUCGGAUCAGAAGCAGUCAUACCGGCUGAAGUAGCACUACCUACCUUCCGCAUCCAGCAUUAUGAAGAACAGGGAAACGACAGCUUACUCAGACACCAGCUGGAUUUCUUACCAGAGGUCAGACUGCAGGCGGAAAUCAAGUCGGCCGCAUACAAGAACAGAAUGAGCAGGGCCUACAACAAGCGAGUAAAACAUAGGAAGCUAGAGAUAUGGGAAGAAGUGGUAGCUGGAUCAUACAGACUAAUGGAGAUGGAUGGAACACCGCUGAAGAACUCAUGGAACGCAGAUACUUUAAGAAAAUUCCAUGUGUGA